UUGUUUGUUUCGUAAAAGGAGAGUUUAACUGUUACUCUUUCAAUUCUAUAACGUAAAUCUGAAUAUUAUUAUAUUUUCAAGUCAUAUCUUAUGUGAUUAGUUUUUGUACACAGUAUAAGUUAGUAAACGUACUGGAAGAAGACUCUGUAAAUUUUCUCUAAUGAUUGCAUACAUUUCUGCUUCUAUUCUAAUCCGAUGUAUAUUAGACCGUUCCCGAUUCCCGCAACCACUUCUGGGCGAACACGGUUCCCGCGACUGCCUCUGGUGCGUCUUCUACAACUCCGACAUCAACGAGCUAGAUAGCUCCUUUGCCUGGGGGAUUUGUUAGAAAUGCCAGCCGGCAGUAGUCACACUUCAUGUAUUGGAGCUCUGCUCCUUCUAUCUUCCUCCUUCCCUUUCUUCUAUGUGCAAUAGUUAAGGUUGAGCUAGGGUUGAGAUUUGGGUUUUAACAAUGUUAUCACCCAUAUCGAUUCUUGGAUCCGCUGCCCCUCGUUUCUCUUCCCUGGAAGAUCGUGUUGCUUCCUUGGAGGCUACGAUGGCCUCGUUACCUUCUCUCAUUGACGCUGCUAUCGAAAAGGCCUUUGCAACCAAGCUUCCUGCCUAUUUCGACAAAUUUGGUAACGAGCUGCAUUCUCGAAGCGUUGGGGAAGGCAUCUCUGCCCCUCUUGCCACCGAUCAUUAUGUUUCUCCUGCGAUUGAGCCUAUCCAGCUACCUCGGAGCCCAAUUUGUGUUGGAGGAGUCCAAUCGCAACUUAUUCCGGCAGCAAUCCAAGCUCCACCGCUGCUCUCAUCUUCACCGUUGUUACGAGCACUGGCAACUUCGACCGUCAAGCCACAGUCGAACGAUUCUGUUGCAACCACAUUUUCUCUUCCGGCAUCGAAGACAGUGAUUCAUGCUUCUACGAUGACCAUUGCUCCGUGGCCAAUCCUUAAGCACUCGUUCCCCGAUACCACAAAAACUGGAUCUGAGGUUCUUCUAUUACGGUGUUGGGGUCAUCCCAUUAUGCUCAUGAGAAGUAUGUGUCCCAGCUUACAAAGUUGAGGUGGGGUGAUGGAACAAUUAUGGUCUUGCAGUUCAUGGAUGAGUUGCAAACCCAUGGAGGACAACCAUGUGAUAAUUUGGGCAGAGAACCCUUAUGGGAAAAACAGCCGCAUAUGAUGCAAUUAGGAGAAGAUUAUGCAGAACGUAUGUUGUCUAAGUUCUUGGACUUGAUUAUUCGUGGAAACUUUGAGUUUCAGACUGCCACUUUGUUGCAGCUGCUCAAGCCUUUGUGGAACAUUGUUCGGAUUAGGGAUGAAUCAACCCCUAUAGACUAUAUCCAAGUUGGUAGCAGCGAUAAGUUUCUGAGUUGGGUUGACCAUCAUUUUCCUGAUAUAUAUUCUUGUGGGAGUAUCUUUCAAAUUACCAUUCUUCCUCCGACGCUUGGUCCAUUUCUGAGUAGGCUAGACCAUUCUUUGAAGGGAUUCAUUUGGAGGACACUUUUUGUUGAGCUUUUUGUAAGUAAAUUACAAGGAAGGUCUAUUACUUUUCACCAAUAUGCUACAAGUAUACCACCAAUUGCCUUUGCCAUUCCCUAGAAGCCAACCCCAAAUUCUAAAUACAAAUGGAAUGAGCUUUCCCAUUUUCAAAAUGUGGAGUUCUAUCAUGUUGCGAAGGCAAUUGAGAAGGUAGGGGUCAGAUGGAUAGCACUACCACCUGCUUCAAUCUUAUUUCUAUUAAUUCAUGGAAUGCUUUUCAAGGAGGUGGUGCGUUUGGCAGAGACGAAACAAUAUUAUGUUGAUAAUGCGAAUUUGUCUGAUGCCUUGCCACUUAAUCAGAGGAAGUCACUGAUCGCACAGACCCUUAAUUUCUUGGAAGUCAUUUUUCGGGAUGUCAACAAUCACAACAAUUCAGGAAAGCGUUGUGAUGGCGAAGACUCUGCUGCAUGUUUCCACUUCAAGAAUCUGUAUACAGGGGACAAUUCUCCUUUUGAGUAUGCAGAUAUGGUUAAAACCACAACCCACAAGUCACCUAGUAAUUUCUCAAAACUUGCAGAGAGCUUGUUCAAGAAGGGCUAUGAUAUUGUUUCUGUUGGAACAGAGAACCAUUUAGUGUUGGUGAAUUUAAGAGACAAGGGCAUUGAUGGCUCAAGAGCUGAAAAAGUUUUGGAAUCAAUCCAUAUUGCAGCAAUUACAAAUAACGUUCCUGGGUACCUGUUUGUCGUGGUCCCUGUUGGUGUCCUGUCCAUUGAGUCACCCUUCUCAUUUGAGACUAUCGUCGGGGUGGAAGGAUUGGAGAUUGACAAAUGAUAUAUCUUCCCUCAAUUUGCUACAAACCCUGAAGAAAUUGUAUGUUGAAUUCGAGAAUGCUGGAGUUCUGAUCACUGACCAGAAGAUUUCAAGGAUGUUUAAAGUAGUGGAAGACUGCUGAGCAGCUGGAAUUCUUGUUAUGGUAAUCAUGGGAGAUAACCAGAACAUUGCGGAAGCAAUAUGCCGUGAAAUAGGCGUGUUUAGUACUGAUGGAGACGUACAUUCAAGAAGCCUUACAGGAAAAGAGUUUAUGAGUACUAUACGUGAUCCAAAAGCCCAUCUGAGACAAGGUGAUGGCCUUCUGUUUUCAAGGGUCGAACCAAAGCACAUUGUGAGGUUGCUUAAAGAGGAUGGUGAGGUUGCUGCUAUAACUGUUGAUGGAAUGAAUGGUGCAUCUACUUUGAAGCUUGCUGAUAUCGGGAUUGUAAUGGCCAUUUCUGGAACUGAGGUGCUUCUAGAGCUGAAGGAGAGUGCUGCUGCGUUCAAACAAGUCCCCACAAUUUCUUUUUUAAGCCUUGAGGACAAGGCUAAUUUUCAAGGGGGAAGUAUUGUUAUGUACCCAAUUUGUAAUUGAGGUUUAUGCUCUAAUUAAGAGUGUAAUUGAGUGUUUUACUUGUUAUUAGGGGAAUUUGUUAGAAAUGUCAGCUGGCAGUAGUCACACUUCGUGUAUAAGAGCACCAGCUCCUUGGUUUGUAAACAGAUCAGAAUGUUACAAAAGAAAUAAAUAUAAAAAUAUUGGAGCUCUGCUCCUUAUCUUCCUC